CCUCAAUGAUCAAGUUUUCUACAGUGCAGAGAACAGUUUUAAAAUGGUAAAUCUAGGCGAACCUUUUCCAAAUUUUCAAGCAAACACCACCGUCGGCCCCAUACAAUUUUACGACUGGCUAGGCAAUUCAUGGGGAGUGUUGUUUUCGCACCCCUCCGACUUCACGCCGGUUUGCACCACCGAACUGGCUCGCGUCAUACAGCUUCACGGCGAGUUCGAGAGGCGCGGCGUCAAGGUGAUCGCCCUGUCGUGCGACUCGGUGGAGUCUCACCACGCGUGGGCGAACGAUAUAAAAAUGUACGCGAAAUGCGAUAGCCAAGAUGCAUUACCGUAUCCCAUAAUUGCAGAUGAGAGACGCGAACUGGCCGUACAAUUAAAUAUGAUCGAUCCGGACGAAGUGGAUGCGCAAGGAAUGCCGCUAACUGCCAGAGCUGUUUUCGUAGUCGAUCCAAAUAAGAAAAUGAGACUGUCCAUUCUUUAUCCGGCGACUACUGGACGCAAUUUUGAUGAGAUUUUACGAGCAAUUGACUCUCUUCAACUAACUGAUAAACAUCGAGUUGCCACCCCUGUAGACUGGAAGCCAGGCGAUUUCGUUAUGGUUCAACCGACUGUUCCUGAUCAGCACAUACCAACGUUGUUUCCUUAUACAACUGUAAUUCCUUUACCAUCUGGGAAGAGAUAUUUAAGACAGACACCGCAGCCAUAAUAUAUCUUUGGUGUUACACCAUUCCAGGGGAUCUUGAAUUCCCAUGUUAAGUUAUGCUAUGCGUUAUGUGAUUUUUACACAAUAAAUGUUCAGUGCGGGAA